GUUAUAACAUGGUGGUAACGGAGUGCCAGUCAGAUCACAGUCAGCAGGCUCUAUCCUGCAAGAUGUCUGCCGAGUAUGACGGUUUUAUGGCCUCAGGCAAGAGGUGGUUUUGUCAUGUAGAUGACGAUAACUAUGUGAACCCAGGGGGUCUCUUCUCUUUGCUCUCAACCUUCCCCCAGGAAGGUGACAUCUAUGUGGGCAAGCCGAGUCUGGACAAACCCAUCACUGCUCAUGAACUGCUGGACGGAAAUAAAACGACAAAAGUGCAGUUCUGGUUUGCCACAGGAGGCGCAGGUUUCUGUCUGAGUCGUAGGCUGGCAGAAAAGAUGUCUCCAUGGGCGAGCGGCUCAAACUUUGAACGGACAUCAGCCAAAAUCCGUCUCCCAGACGACUGCACCGUGGGCUUUAUUGUGGAGAAGAUGCUGGGCAUCUCCAUGGUCCACUGUUCGUUAUUCCACUCCCACUUAGAAAACCUGCUUCUGAUAAGUCAAAGAAGCCUCCCACAACAGGUAACACUGAGCUAUGGGAUGUUUGAGAACAAGAUGAACAGCAUUGAAGUAAAGGGAAGCUUUUCUGAGGAGGAGGACCCCUCCAGGUUUAAAACCAUCCACUGUAUUCUGUACCCUUCCACCAGCUGGUGUCCUCCAGUCACUUGAGAGAAAGCCUGUGUCCUACUGGAUAAAAAGACAAAAAAAAAAUCCCCAGGAUAUUAUUCUCUGUGCUGAAAACAACUGAUUUAUUUUCAAAGCACAGUCAUAGAAACAGAAUAGCUCACAUGGAACAAGGGUUGAAGCAAUAUAUCAGUAUGAUGAAACUGUGUUCUCCUGCAACUCUCGGGUUGUGUUUUGGCCUCAUGAAUACAGUGGAUAUUUGGUAUAAAAGUACUGUAAAGGCAUGUUCUCCUGUUAUUUUUAUUACUGUUUUUAAAUCAAUCUGCUACAAACAAUAACUGUGUCUUCCCAUCUGAAUGACUUUAAAGACUUGAACAGUUAAUAAAGAGAAGAAACGUGUUUUUUUUUUCUAUUUAUUCUGCAAAGAUUCGUAUGAUUUCUGGCAGACGUUUUUUUUCCCUGCCCUUUCAUUUCCAUGGACAAGUGAGAUGCCUUUUUAUGCAUUUGUUUAAAAGUGAAUUAUGAUUAUACUGUAAAUAAUGUUCAUAAAUCAAUUCAAGUGGUUAUGAAAUAAUUAGAGCUUUUAUGGACUGACCUGACAUGCUUUGCUGUGUGUUUACUGUUCUGAAGGAGAUAUUGUCCUUGCACCUACAGCAUGAAGUCUGCACACAAUGAACUGCCUUGACUCACGUCUCCCUCGGCCAAAGCUCUCAUCCUCCCUUUUAUUUUCUCACUACCUCCUUUCUUCCCUCCACCUUUCCAUCUGUCUCAUUCGCCGCCACCUCCUCCUUCCUGCAUCUCUGUUUACUACAUGUCUUGCACACUGUUGAACACCUUGAGGCGGAAUACGCCAGAGAAUAAAACAUUCUUCCACUCACCCCGAUUCGUUUUCAUCACAUCGACGGCAAAACACUCAAAGUAUGAUGAUGAGAGCAAGUGACAGUCCCGGUCUCCUGCUGAGAGAGAGAGAGAGAAAAAAAAAAAAAACAGCUCGCAUUUGCAGCAAAAUCUCAUCAAGCCGGACAGGUCAGGUUCAGAAUACCAACGCUACGAUGAUAUGCACGCAAUCAAGUGUUAGUGAAGGAAUAAACGGUCGGGGCCAUGUGAAGAGUACCUGCAGAGAGUGAUGACACUGCGCUGCUGCUUGCCUGCCUGCCCGUAGUUUCCUUGUUUGGUGUGAAUGGAGAUGUGAUGAAUACAAAUACGCUGUUGAAAGCGUCCAGGUCUGACCUUGCCUGCAGAAGAUGGUAAGUAGUUUGGAAAGAACAUAAAUGAGUGUGUGAAUUUAAGGGAUUAUAAUUGGGGUAUUGGCACCGAUUUGAAAGGAGUACAUUUGAAUUGAACUUAGAG